GUAUCUACUGAAUAGUAUUGAGUUUUAGACAGUACUUUUCGCGCGCUUUUCACAAACGGUUGGCUUUUAAGAGGUAUAAAAAACAUUAAAUUUAUACAGUUUGAGUGAAAAUUUUACGGCAUUGCAAUUUUAAGAUAUUUUUAAAGUGCAAUUUUGUGAUUGUUAGAAAAUGUAUUUUAUACCUGCUAUAGUCAUUCUUUUAUUUAUUGGAACUCUCGGAGCCCGUCAGCCGGACAUAGACAUCAACAGAAUAAAACUCUUGCCAAAAGAAGAUUUCCGUCACAGAACUUCAUCCAGUUUUCAAACUCGUCGAUCAGUUUUAGAUAUCGAUCGCUAUCGUAGAAAGUAUGAUCAUGACGUUGGUAGCCGUGGGUUCGCCAGACAACAUGCGACGAUGCAAUUUUUAUACAAUACCCCAACGACUGCCGCUACGAAGGCGCCGAUCAAAAUCCACAAGCCACGAGAAGACCCACGCCUCUUCUAUCAAUCUGAUUUAUAUCUUCAAGAAGUUAAUAGGAAAAAUUUAAGCCCAGAACUAUCAUCAACUUAUUUGGGACGAGCGGUUGUUAGAACUGGUGGUGGAAGGGACGGUUUCGCGAAGCCUAUUCGGAUAAAAACAAGAACAAUAAACGAAAUUCCCCACGACAUCAGCUGCAUCAAGUGUCCGCGAGAUAGAACGUUGAUUGCUAAGGUUGGCGUCAGUAGAGUGAUGUUGCAGCCUCCUCGCUUACAGACAUGUUCCGGAAGAAAAGCACCUCGAGAUUUUAAAUUCGUUACCAAGUACGGACCUAAGCUUGGUACUUUAAUAGAAAGCGGUGUACACAUUAUGAUCGGUCAUAUCGUGUACCAAAAUCAAAUAUUGAGGGCUUGUAAAGUGCAAAUUCACGUGGUGACUCAGUUUUGUCAAGUUCCAAAAUAUUUAAAUAUAAACUGCGACAGAAACCAAAAUAGAACGUGCAGUUUUACGUGUCGUGAUCCCACUACUGAGCCUACCGGUGCUAAUAGUCUCACAUGUCGUGAUGAUUUGAAAUGGAAUGGCCAUUUGCCUUCUUGUAAUGUUCGUUCAUGGUGUAAACCGCCGUUUCCACCAUCUCACGGCCGCAUCAGCUGCAAUGGAGCAACAGUAUCAAGCGGCCGAGGUCUCAAGGGGGGAUCGACAUGUAAAUUAAAAUGUGACAAAGGAUGGCGUAAAAGCUCUCAUUCUGUAACAAAAUGUCAUCGUGGUAGUUGGACGCAUGAACUGUCAUGUCAGAACAAGAACAGAAAACGAUAAAUACUAGUUAAAAGAUAUAUCUAUUUAUUAUAUAUUACAUAUGUAUAUUUAUGUGAGUGAUUUGUUAAAUUGCGAUAUUAUUGAGUAAUAUUCCCCAAGAACAUGACAUUAAGUUAAUAUCAACACGUAGGUAAGCUAUGAUUUUAAAAUGAAGUGUGUUUAAAUGAAAGUUAUACUAAGCGUUCCAUAUCCACGGUAGUCGGUAGGCACUAUAUCAUUUCAUUCCCUGCCACGGAGCAACCGUGAGUUUGAAAUGAUAGCCAUUGUUUGAGAAGCUGUCUUACCUGUAGGGACUCUUUUGAAACGUUAUUUGCAAAAGGACAACUCACUUGAGUGUCCAAGAAAAACUAUGGCUGAUUGGAUUUCAGAACCUUCACAAAAAAUAUCUCUGGAAACGCACUUUCGAUGAGUGCUACAAGUACGCACUCUAAGUGGAUCCAUACGGUAAUAAAACAAAGGAAACCAGUCCCUCCGUAUUGUUUUUUAAUACAUUAAAAACGAUCCGUGAGAUUAGGAUUAGCGGCAACUCAAACGUCUUGGGUUAGGAGUUCAACACCAGCAUCAUAGGUAAUAAACUUAUUGGCAUACUGAAAUAUUGGCAUAUAAUAAUAACCCAUUGAUAAUACACUUAAUAAAUUAUUAAACAUAAAUGUAGAUCGGUGGUUCUUCUUCUUUUUUUCAGUAUGGCUUUUACGAUGCUAUUGUUGCCAGUAUCGAGUUUAUCAAAAUUUUCCAUUUUUAUAUUAUUACUAGGUAUUAUUAUAUAUAUUUACUGGCGGCAGGACAUCUUAUGAGCCCGCACAGAUGGGUAACACCUCCCUGCCUAUUUCUGCCGUGAAGCAGUAAUUCGUUUUGGUUUGAAGGGUGGGGCAGCCGUUGUACUGCAAAAGCGGAGAAUUAGAACUAAUCUCUCAAAAUAGGCAGUGGCAUUGACGAGGUUCAUGAAUAUGGGCUGCGGUGAUCUCUUAAAACCAGGUGGGUUCGUUCACCCAUUUUUGCAAUAAAGAAUAUUUAAAUAAGUGCGUGCGUUAUAAUUAUGGUAAAAUUUCAGAUGAUGAAUAUUAAAUUAAAAUUCCACGUGUUUUUGUCAGCAUUAGAAAUUAUUAAUUAAAUAUUUUUUUGAAAUAAACGUUUAGAAA